CUGUAACGCCACACCUGUUGUCGGUGAACGGGAAGGGAGGGACUUUAGUCAGAGCAGCAGACCCGUCACGGUUCGCGUGGGGUCGGUCGGUGUACUGCGGCUCCACCUUGGUCCGAGACAGCACCGCUCUAGGAGAAGCUGCUCUGAACUGCGUCCAGGACACCCCGAAGGAGCUGUAAGACUGGAGACAUUUCUUCAUCGUUUAACGCGGAAGUUUAGCAGCAGUGCGCGCUCGUGAGAGUUUCGUUCACGCCGCUCGUUCACGCCGCCGUCGGACUUUAAAGCUCUUUAAAUGUGACACGAGCGUGUUUUGCCCGCUCGUUCGGAAGAAGCCAGAAAGAAGACACAAACCCGAGAUACACGCCACCCCUGCCAAAACUUAUCUUUCUCCGUGAAUGCGCCGAAACCAGCCUUACUUUCGUUUUCACUUAAGUUUCGUUUCUUCCUCGCUGCAGCUGUAGGUGCCGUGCCACCAUGGCCGAAGCGGAGGAGACCGGGUUCUCCCUCAUGAGCCUGGAGGACGAGCUGACCUGCAGCAUCUGCCUGAGCACCUUUGACUGCCCGGUCACCAUCCCCUGCGGACACAACUUCUGCCAGGAGUGCCUGCUCGCCACCUGGAAGGACUCCUACAGCUGCCCCCAGUGCCGGACGCUGUUCGCCACCAGGCCGGAGCUGAAGAAGAACACGGUCCUCAGCACCGUGGUGGAGACCUUCAGGGUCAGGUCCGGCAAGAGCGACGGUGCGGCGGCGGCGACGGCGUCGGCGGCGGCGAGCAAACCGGAGAAGAAGAAAAAGAAGGACGCGAUCCGCUGCGACACCUGCAUGGAGGCGGUCGCGGCCCAGACCUGUCUCACCUGCAUGGCCUCCUUCUGCGAGGAGCACCUGCGGCCCCACCGGGAGAACCCCACCUUCCGCCUCCACCAGCUGACCAACCCCGUGGAGGACCUGAUGGAGCGCAUCUGCAGCGACCACUACAAGCUGAUGGAGCACUUCUGCAGCCAACACCAGCGGCCGAUCUGCACCCUGUGCCUGCAGCACGCCCACAGGGGCUGCUCCUUCACCUCUCCGGAGGAGCAGAGGAGCAAGAAGGAGGCUGACCUGAGGGAAAAGUUGGUGUUUCUGGAUGGAAAGCUCUCCAAGAAUGAGACUGUCAUUUCACAAAUGAGGUCCAUGCAGAACAAGCUGAAGGAGUCAGCCAUCCACAGGAAGAGUGCAGUAGCAGCUGGGUAUCAGCAGAUGCGGGACAUGCUGACCAGAGAGGAGGGUGAAGCCAUGAAGGCGAUAGACAAAGAGGUGGAGACCGGCGAGGUCAAAAUCAGAGGUCUGGUCACGAAGUUCAGUGAAAAUGUCAACAACAUCAGCAAAGCUAAAGAGGACAUCCACUGUCUGCUGGCUCAGUCCCAAACCCUAGCCUUCUUACAGACUUCAUUUAACCUUCCCCAAGCUGUAAGCUUUGACCCUUACACCCCUCGAAUCAGCCUGGACUCCAAGAAGGUCGUCCAGUCCGAGGCCUUUGCCUUGACGUUGAAAAACUAUCUGACGGAGCUUCUGAAACACCCUGUGGAGGCCAGAAUCCCAAAGCUCAUAGCAGGUGAGAGAGCAGCUUCUGCAUUUGGGCAUGCACCUGCAAGUACUGGAACUAAUCAGGAAUCCGAGCAAAAAUUCCCUCAAGCGAUGCCCAGACUUCCCAGGUCCCACAGUCCAGGUCCUCAGCCCAAACCAGCUCAAAAGAAGAAACCUCAAAAAACCACAAAAACUCCUUCUAUGACCACAGAAAAAAGUCCAGGAAAUAAGAAACUGGGAAAAUCUAUGGAAAACCUGCUGGAGUUUGGUGUGAAAGACAUACCAAUGGGGCAUCCUGCUACUGCUGACACCAAAGAAAAAGCAGAGACUUCAGACAUUCCCUCAGAGAUUGGCCCUUUUGAAAAACGAACCGAACUUCUGAAAUAUGGCACUGUGCUCACCUUUGACCAACGGACGGCCCAUAAACGCAUCCAGCUCAGUGAUAACUUCACUAAGGCCUCGGUGUCUGACGAGCACGCCAGCUACCCCGACUGCCCCGAGCGCUUCGCCGUCUGCUCCCAGGUCCUCACCUCCAAGGGUUUCUCCGCGGGGCGCCACUACUGGGAGGUGCGACUGAGCAGCAACAACUUCAUCGGCGUCGGGCUGACGUACAGCAGCAUCGACCGCAAGGGCCCCACCAGCAGGCUGGGUCGCAACGACAAGUCCUGGUGCGUGGAGUGGUUCAACGUGAAGCUGUCCGCCUGGCACAACAGCAGCGAGACGGUGCUGGUCAAUCCCAACCCGAAGCGCGUAGGGGUGCUGCUGGACUGCGAGGAGGGCAGGGCGACGUUCUAUAACGUGGCGGACAGGGCGUACCCCUUCCACUCGUUUAAUUUUCAGUGCGCUGAGGCCGUCUAUCCAGCCUUCUGGAUCUUCUCCAGUGGCUCUUUCAUCACUCUGUGCAAGCUUCAGUAAACUAUGACGUGCAGCGAAGCAUAAGAACUGCACGUGUUUACAGUGAAGCGUGACGGGAAACACCAGACUUACCGGUGUGUCGUUUGACACCGGUUAGUCUGAAAUCUUAGAAAUAAAACUAUAAAGCAAGUAAGGAUCAACGUUUACCACCCAAAAAAUGUUAAUUUAAACGGUCCAAACCAAAACGUAUCACAAUGUUUGCUGAUGAUUGGUUAAAGCAUUCAGAUGUCGCCCCAGUCAUGUUAAAUUUUCUCAUUAUUAUCACACAUUUUGUUAUCAUCACUUUCUCUGCACUACCCAGAAGCCUCUUGGUUUAAGGGUAUAACAUGCAGUCAGUAUUUCUAAAUGCAGAAUAUUUUAGCUAGCAUUGAACAUCACUUUUAGAAAUGUUGUGUUUCAACAUCAUGAGAUCCAGGUACAACCUUAUUUACAAGUCAACUAUAAAUCACUAUAAAUCAAAUUGGGGUUAAUGCAAAAAAAAAAAAUAAUAAUAAUAAUUUCUUGGGUUAUUUUAUGCCCUUAGUAACGGCCCUGGUCUUCUCACCCAUUUGUCGAUAUGUUUUGGUUUGACCGUUCCUUUAUGCCCAGCGGUAAGUUGAUCUUUAUAGCAGGAGACUGAGGUUGGUUCUGUCCACGCUGACUCUAGAAAGUCAGACGAAAGCUUUACUACACAAAUGGAUGGUAAGGUGAGGGCAGAUCGAUGAAAGAGAAGGUGGAACUGGUUUUCAGUUGUGAGUUAGGGCUGCUUAAGCGUUUUUAUCCAAUGUUAUGUUUGGUGAUCGGGACUCGCUUCUGCGGUUUAUUCCAAAUCUGGGAUGUAUUUAAGGAUAACGUUUGCUUUUAAUACAUCCGAUGUAAUCAAGGAAUAAAACCGGAUUAUCUUUUAAUCAAUGGGGAUUGGAGAUAGUCACACUUCUUUUUUCUUCUUCUUCUUCCUAAUCUGAUACAGGGUGUACUGUAUGCAGUUGGAGAGCAACUGAUCUUUGCAUCAGUGGCAGCGAUGGACCAGAUUAUUAUUGUUAUACGGCUAACACGUGCGUUUAAAGCGAUAAUCUGUGUUCAGUUAUGGAUUUUUCAGAUCAUUCUGUAAAAUCCCUGCUCAUUAUCAGAAUUGUUCACUCGCAAUAUCGUUGUUAAAUAUUGCAGUGACCGCAUCGGCUGCGAUGAAUCCACAGUGAUAUGAUCACACUUCAACUUAUGUCAGGUUAGUGAGUGUUCCUGUGGAUUUAGAAACUUUACAGAGCCUCAUUUACUGGUGUCGCUCUGUCCCUCUAAGAUCCUGAGCAGCAACGUUCAGGACAAACACCUUUAGAGUCUUUACUUUGACAGCAGGGUGGGCGUUCCAGGUCCUUCAGCCUCCACAUCGAGAAGCUUGAAAUUGUUGCUCCGUUUAGAUUGAGGCUUUGGUCUUUGAAAGUGGGGAGAAAAAUGUUUAUAUCAAGAAAGGCAUCCAACAUAUACCGGGGAAAAAAUUAUUUCAAUUCAAUUUAGUGUCCAUUUACUCCAAAACAAUACAAAGAUAACUCACAGAACACUGAGAAAUCACUCUGCGAACAAAUUUUUAAGGUUUCUGCACAAGUCUCGCUUAAAUUGUUAAAAUCAUUAAUCGUGGAAUACAUGAAGAAGGGACUUUUUAGCUUGUAGGUGUUUUUAUAUAACACCUACAUUUAAAAAUUUGUUUUUGUAGCUGUGGUAUAAGACUGCCUAUACUGAAGGUCACAGCAAAGCAAAACAAAAAAAAAAAUCUUUAAAAGCCUUUACUUGAUGAAAUGAAAAUAGCAGUGGGCAGCGUUGGAACACGAGUCAAACUUAACGUCAGGCCAUUCAGUCUGACUGGGUCUCUUAAGCACGUAAUUCCCAUAAUCAGGAUCAUAAUGACGAGUAGAUACAUUGAAUGUGUUGGGAUUACCAAGCCUUAAGUGUUGACUUUCUUAUUCCUUCGACUGAUUAGGACAGACAUCAUAUAGAGUCUGUUUUCCUGAAGAAGUGAAACGGCCGUCUCUCUUCUGAUCGCCUGGAAGGCUUUUUGCCUUCAGUGGUGGAGUUCGGAUGAGGGAAUGAUCGGGAAAGAGGAGAUGACGAUAUUCAGCAGCGGUCCAGGUCCAGAUUUGAACUUGCGACUGUUGUGCUUUUAUGCCCCAUAGAGCUGAAAUACUUAAGUUUCCUCUAUGCUAGGCAGGUAUACACAAACGAGCCACUGGAAUGCUCCUCUGGCUUAUUGUGCGGUGACUGGAAGAUGGGAAGAUUUCCAAGAACAAAUGAAGUUUUGUAUCAUGCAAUGUUUAACCUGGCAAGUAAUUUUUUUUUUCUGUGGUGUAUUAAUAAAAGUGGUACCUUUUAUGCUUCUCACUGUUUGUAUCAUACUUGUGAACUCUGUUGCUGUUGUUCUUUAAAUGUUCUGACAACUUAUAAAGAGCUGUUCCUCAGCAGGGAGUCACUUGUUUACUUAAAUCCCAUUAAACUUAUUUCUAUUCCAAACCA